UUCAGGGCCUGAACUCUGUAGACUUCCUUUUAUUACAGGGUUUGAUGGCGGAGAGCGGUAGAUAGCGGGGGAAGAGUUGUGUUUCGCCCACUUUGGCCAUACUGAACCCGUAGCUUAACCCACUUUAGAGACGGUGCUUUUUCAAGGUUGAUUGACUUGUGCAUCAGGUGGUUAUAUUUCGGAGCGAUUUUUCUCCUGUUGUGGACGGACCCGGACUCAGUUCUGCAUUUUUUUUUUCCCUUCUUGUUUCUUUUGUUGUGGCUGUAGCUGGUCCUUGUAAAGAACCACCAGUCGAUGGCUCUGAUGGACAAACACAAAGUCAAGCGGCAGAGACUGGAUCGCAUCUGCGAAGGCAUUCGCCCACCCAUCUUAAACGGGCCCAUGCACCCUCGUCCGCUGGUGGCGCUCCUGGAUGGCCGGGACUGCACGGUGGAGAUGCCCAUCCUGAAGGACGUGGCCACUGUGGCCUUUUGUGAUGCUCAGUCUACUCAGGAGAUCCAUGAAAAGGUUCUUAACGAGGCUGUAGCUGCAUUACUGUAUCACACCAUCUCACUGUCACGAGACGACCUCGACAAGUUUAAAGGGCUUCGUGUUAUUGUGAGAAUUGGCAGCGGAUUCGACAACGUGGACAUUAAAGCUGCAGCAGAGCUCGGUAUCGCAGUGUGUAAUGUGCCAGCUGCAUCUGUGGAAGAGACAGCGGACACUUCCAUGUGCUUGAUCCUGAACCUCUACCGCCGGGUCACCUGGAUGCAUCAGGCCUUGCGUGAGGGCACUAGGGCCUCCAGCGUUGAGCAAAUCAGAGAGGUGGCUGGAGGAGCUGCUCGCAUCCGAGGGGAGACGCUAGGCAUCAUUGGUCUUGGACGUGUUGGCCAAGCAGUGGCUUUGAGGGCAAAGGCAUUUGGUUUUGGGGUGAUUUUCUACGACCCUUACCUCCCUGAAGGAGUAGAAAAAUCUCUGGGGCUCCAGCGCAUGGCCACGCUGCAGGAUCUGCUCAUUCAUUCAGACUGUGUGUCCCUGCACUGCAGCCUGAAUGAACACAACCACCACCUCAUCAAUGACUUCACUAUCAAACAGAUGCGUCAGGGUGCGUUCCUGGUGAACACUGCACGAGGGGGAUUGGUGGACGAGAAAGCUCUGGCUCAGGCACUGAAAGAAGGCAGAAUACGUGGUGCAGCUCUCGACGUUCACGAGGCGGAGCCAUUUAGCUUCUCACAGGGGCCUCUAAAGGAUGCACCUAAUCUGAUCUGCACGCCCCACACAUCCUGGUACAGUGAGCAGGCCUCCAUCGAGGCGAGGGAGGAGGCAGCGCGGGAAGUACGCAGAGCCAUCACAGGUCGUAUUCCUGACAGUCUAAAGAACUGUGUGAAUAAGGAGUAUCUGAUGCCAGCUUCCCAGUGGCCGUCUAUGGAGUCUGCCUCUGUUCACUCUGAACUCAACGGAGCAGGAUACAGGUUUCCGGCGGGUCUGAUUGGUGUAACCCCGGGAGCUCUUCCUGGUGCGGGGGCAGGAGUAGAGGCCAUGGUGGCGGGCACGCUGCCCCUAGCCCAUCCCCUCGCCCCAGUCUCACACCCACCACACACCCCCUCACCUGGGCAGCCAACCAAGGCAGAGGCUGACAGAGAUGUCCCUUCUGACCAAUAGCAUCCCAACACAUUCCAUCGUUGCCCCAGCGAUGCCCUUUUCCCUUUUUCUAGGGCUUAAUCCAUGCCGAUGCCCUGAUUUUUUGACGUAACACCCGGGUCAACCCAGUCAAACAGAACACACAAGUCCAGACCUGACCCACUCAAAAACAUUUCCCCCAACUUCUCUCCUUCCCUUCCUUUGUUGUUGUAUCUGUUUCUUUUUCCACCUGUGCAGCAAGCAAUAACUCUUUUUCUCAAGGAUUCAGUAAUUGAGUUGUUUUUGUUAGUAUUAGAAAACCCCUUUUUAUUUUUAUGCCUUUUUUUUAAUCUGGACUAGGAGUUUGUUUUUGAGUAGUGUGUUACUACUUGCGUUCUUUGUCCAGCUAAUUUAGCAGUAUAGUAAAAAAAAUACCUGAACCGUUCUUUUAUUUCACCCUCCCAAACAUGCAUUUGUGACCCCCCCCCCUCCCCCCUCCCUUUUUUAUGGUAUCGUGUUCACCCUUGAAGCAAAGUGGAAAAGCUGGCUUAAGUCAUUGAAUUUAUUUUUCUUUUCUUUUUUUUUUAUUACCAUAAUUCCAAUGGACAGCUAACAGUAGCCACACUUUUCACCGAACCGGAUUCGAACGAUAAGAGAAACAAUGUGUCGUCUGUCUGUGCCUGAGAGUAACUCCGUGGUGAUCUCGGACACUUUGGGUUCCACUUCUCCCUUCAUGUUGAGGACAUCAUGUGCAUUGUGUUUUACCCUCUCUGUCUGAAACAUGGCUGAGGGAACGCACUCAUUAUCUGUAAACUUGUCGGGUAUCUGUUCAGUCAUCUGCUUCACUAUAUCAGUAAUGUAUGGCUAAAUGACAUAUAGGUCUCUGCAAGAGCAUCAUAAAUAUGACAUUUGUGUACAGCUUUUUACUGAAGUCUGAUCGCUUUUCCACAACCACAGAGUGAAAUCCCCCUAGACUUUAUUCAUGUAGAAGUAUGAAAUCUCUAUUUUGUGUGUGUGCAUCUCUGAACUUCACAAUGAUUUAUGAUUCUCUUAUAAAGACCAUGUGAUUGGGAAUAUUCACUAAGCUGUGUCUUUACACUUUACUUUCAUUGUUAUUUUUAUACAAACUGGGGGAAAGAUAUGGAAGCACAUUUUCAGGUGUCUGAAAAGGCAGUGUUCCACUUGUAGGUUUUCGCAUUACUUUAACUGUCAUGAUCCUUUGUCUCUUUUCUUUUUCUGGUGGGAUAUUUUUUUUUUAAUUAUUAUUAUUACUUUGGGACUCCUGUUCUCUUCUAAAAUAUAGACAACCUUCACCUUGAUAUGCCUAGCUCCUUUAUUUUUUCUUAUCUUUCCAUUCUUCCUGGAUGUGCCUCCCUGGGUGUUUCAGCUUUUUCACAAUGAUCUAUGGUUCAUCUUUGUGUUUAUCUCCCGUUAGUCCUUCUUUCUGGUCCUCCUUUUCCCAUGACAUCACUGUAAGUAAGGAGUCGGGCUGCUCACACCCUGCCAGUGAUGAUCGGUCUCAUACACACAGUCACACACACGUGCACAAGCUUGCAUAUACUCAUCUAUUGCUGUCGUCUUGAAUGGCUCCUGUUCAGCAAUGGGUUUGCAGACAUGCAAACAUCUUGGGUGAUUUUUUUUCCCCUUUUAUCUUUUGAACACUGAUUUCUGUAGUAAAACGAUAUGGCCAUUAGGGGUCAGUGACAGUGUAUUUCUGAGGCCAGCCCUGUCUCAGCAUUUCAUUGUACCUGCUGCACUUCAGCCAUGCAGUCAUCCUCGAUCAGUGCUUUUUGUCAAUUAAGGCAAUGUGGCUGACUUCAAAAGAUUCAGAAAGGAGCAGUCAGGCACAUGUAUCCCUUUAUCAGUAAGAAGUGCAAACAUAUCGACGUUAGCCGUUUCUGUAUAUUUUUUUGCUUUCUCUUGUAUUCGUCAACCCAACUUUGUACUCAACACAAGUAAUGUAGUGUGGUUUGGGGUGAGCGUUUGGAUGGAGCCAGUUUGCUGACAAACCAGUAGGGGUACGGUCAUCCCCUCAAGAUGAGUCUCUUGCAUGGAAAGUGUUCUGCGUCAAGGGAAACCCGUUUCUAGUACCUCAGUAACAGAUAUUGAAUGUAUGAUCAACUUGUUCUUUUUCUUUGUACAGCUUCUUUUUAGAUUGUACUUUGGAAGCCAUUGUGGGAUGUGUAUGCGCUUUAUUUAACACAUCUAACAAGAAUAUGCCCCUCAAUAGAAUGCUUUUUCAUUAGCAUAUGCUAGCAUCCGGUAGUUUAGAGUUGGAAUAUGAGAGCUUUUCCUGUAUUUGAUUCGUCAUGAAUGAGCACAAAUUUGCAUCACUGCAUUAUUGUAGGGAGUGUAUAUGUACCAGUGAGGUGUAAGAUGGAUUCGGAGUCUCAAAUAAGCUAGGUGAUAGUACGUGGGUGAAAAACUCUAACAGAAUGGUAUAAGAACAUUUGAGAGAGAUGUUCGCUGUGGUGAAGAUUUUCUCUAAUCCUGAGGUGAAAUUGCUGUUUUUCAUGCAUUGUCUUGAAAAAUCCAACAAUCAGAAUUAAACUAGGUUUUGUGCAUGAAAUGUCUGUUACCGUGCAAAUUCUGCAUUUUGGUUAUGGUUUUCUAUCUAAUUGGCCCUUGAUGGACUGAUUAUUCUCAUGGAAUAGUGUCUGUCGUGUGAGCUUGAACCAAGACGUCAUGUUUUUUUGUUUUUUUUUUUGGUAAUUUGGUGUCCCCUAAUGUCGGUCCUUUUAAAAAAAAUAUAUCUUCAAUUUUUCUCUUUGUAUGUAAUAUUUCUGAACGUUAUGAUUUUCUUCAGGCUUGAACAUCAGCAGUGUGGGGUAUUUUUUUUUUUUAAAGUGUAUUUUUGUGUGCUCUACAUGUUGUAUGGAAACAUUUCAAAAAUACCUUUUCUUCCCAGCACUCACUUUUAAGGUCCUUUCUCCAGCUCGUCCAAAGGGCCCUAGGUUCCAGGUUUUCUUUCACUCUAUGACUGUAGUAGCCUUAAAUUCAUACAUUAUGGUGGACUUGUUCUCCCACCACCAUCCCCAACCUGUGUUUUCGAUGAAGAGGAGACAUUCUACUUUUUAGCCAAUCUGAGUUAAAAGUUCACAGCUCUGUCUGUUAGACGUGUAUUUUACAGAGAACCUGACUGGUUUUGAUUUCGAGGUGUGAAACCUGGAGUUAUCACUUAAAGCCAGUCCACAAAUAGAUUGAUACAUUGGGUCUGGAGCAGUCACUUUCUCUCUCAGGGUUCAAAAUGCACACACACACAUCCUUAAGCAGUCUGUAGGUCAAUCCUCUCUUGAAACUCAUGCAUCAAGAUCAUUUCAGAACAGAUCAUACACCUGACAGUCUCUUCAAGCUAAUCUUUGUCCUUUUUUCCACCCAUUUUCUGUUGCAUAUUACUCGCACUGACAUCUAACAAUGAAAGAAUGAAUGUUUUAAUUGAACUGUGUGUAACAUUGAACUUGGGAAAUGUAUUUUUACAACAUGUGAACUUUUUAUUCCUUUCUUUCACCACCUUUCUUUUCUUUGUAAAUUGACCCCCUUCCCAACACCAGACAGCAAAAACUACAAAAAUUAGGAAAAAAACCCCCUCUUGUAACUAGGCUCUUAAGCUUUACUUUUGCUUUUGUUUUCUUUUUUAUAUUAGAAAACAAUCAUGUUUGUGAUGGUAACCUCUGAUGGUAAAUUCCACAAGGUAUUUUAAUAAAAUCCUAAAGAUUA